AUGGACGGAGACAAAGUCCUGAUCUACCUGCUUCGUCGCGAUCUGCGCACAUCAGACAAUCCCAUCCUGCAUCACCUAGAAACUUCCUCCCCCUCCUCGUCCUCUCCCUCCUCCCCAGCCGCCGCGGAUGACGAGCGUCAUCAUCGCGGUUUCACCCACCUCCUACCCGUCUACGUCUUUCUGCCCAACCAGAUCGAAGUCUCGGGCCUAGUCCGGCCUGGCAAGCAAUCACCCUACCCUCCUGCUGUAAGCGCUAUUGCCAAGUUCUGGCGUUGUGGCCCGCAUAGAGCUCGGUUCCUUGCCCAGUCGGUUUGGGAUCUCAAGGACAACCUCGAGGAACUGGGGAGCGGCCUUGCCAUCCGGACCGGUGACUUCGGCACCGUCGUCAAGAGCAUCCUGGGUGCCCUCGGUGGAGCGACUGCCGAAGUCUGGAUGACCGAGGAGUUAUCCCACGAGGAGAAGCUGGACCAAGACGCUGUCGCAUCCGCAUGUCAGGCUGCGGGUAUUACCUUUAAGCUCUGGCCUGAUGAGAAGUACUUUGUCGAUGAUCGCGACACUGGCCUCCAGACCCCAUCGGAACUUCCAGACGUGUAUACGAGCUACCGAAAAUCUCAAGAGCCGCUGCGCAAACGACCGCGCUCGGCGCUCCCCCGACCCGAAAAGUCCUCUCUACCGCCCUUUCCAGAUUCGUUGUCAGCCGACUCCGAAUCGCCCUUUGUCGAACCCCGAAGUCUCGAGGAUCUCAGGGCGCGCCUGCUCACGCCGCUCCGCAACCCUCCUCCUAACACACCACCGAUCCCGGAAACAGAACCAGAAGAAGAUGGCGGUGACGCUGCCCCGGACCGGAUCCUACAAGGCGGAGAGACCAGAGCGCUGAACCGCCUUGAGUACCUGAUCAACUCGGGGGCCAUAAAGACAUACAAGGACACGCGUAACGGACUCCUAGGACCGACCUUCAGCACCAAGUUGUCGGCUUUCCUGGCCUUCGGCUGCAUCUCGGCGCGCCAGAUCCACCACCACCUCGUCGGGUACGAAGACGGCACCGACGCGCGCUAUGAAUCGGCCGACGGAUACGGGCAGGGGGAGAACGAAGGGUCGGAGGCGGUGCGCCUCGAACUCCUCUGGCGCGACUACAUGAGGCUCUGCACCGCGAAAUUCGGACGCCGGCUGUUCCGGCGGUCCGGCUUCCGUCACAAGGGGGCAGCAUCGCUGGACAAGGAGUGGAAGACGGCUGACGCCUCGACCGCGCAGAUCGGCCAGGUGCCGAACCCGGACGAAGUCGGAAAGAUCGUUGCCAGGAUCCUCGCGGGGACCACGGGAAUCGGGCUCAUCGACGCCUCGCAGCGCGAACUCCUCCACACGGGAUACACCUCCAAUCGGGCGAGGCAGAACGUGGCAAGCUUCCUCGCCAAGCACCUGGGGAUCGACUGGCGGUACGGCGCGGAGUGGUACGAGAUGAUGCUCGUCGACUACGACGUCUCGUCCAACUGGUCCAACUGGCAGUACGUCGCGGGCGUGGGUAACGACCCGCGGGGUGACGCGCGUAUCUUCAACCCGAUCAAGCAGGCGUUCGACUACGACAAAGACGGAACGUACGUGCGGACCUGGGUGCCCGAGGUCAAGGGCCUUGACAAGCUCGAGAACGUCUUCCAGCUGUGCACCGCCAGCGCCGCCGACCUCGAGAGGUGCGGGCUCACCGACAGCGUCAUGGCCACCGACCCCGUCUUCCGAAUCGAAUUCACCGUCGACAGAAAACCCAAGACGUCCAACAAGAUGUCCACGAGGCGUCGCGGCGGCCGAGGAGGAGGAGGAGGAGGAAGCUUGAACAGUAACGGCGGCAACGGUCGUGGCGCCACUACAGGUCACGGCAGGACAGAACUGGCGGCAGCGUAUGGGCGGCCGGGAGGCGUGGUGGCAGACGGCAACCGACGGUCCAUGCCCCCGCUGGAACAGCCAUCGGUAUACCGUCCUACCAUACAGGCGACUAGCGGGCCCCCUCCGCCGAUCCAUCCCGCAGCCGCGAUCCCACCGGGCGCCGCCUUUGCCAUGCCGGCAUUCAGUCCCGGACCGGCAAGCCCGUACCAUGCCCCCCAGCAGUACGGCCACCACCCCCCAUGGUACGGCCAUCACGCGGCGUACCAGCCGAACCCUACCCCGAACCCGGGAUGGGGCGUUUACGGGGACUACCGGGCUGCGAGGACGGGCGGACCCGUCCUCCCCGGCGGCGAAAUGGUCAACGUGGCCGUCAAUCAUGGUGGGAUGCACCGGGGUCCUCUCCCGGGAUAUCCCCUUUCGCCACCGCCAUAUUACUACUCUCACCAUAACAUGGGCUCGGGCAUCUAG